UGAAGCUUGAUGCAGCUGUUUACUCACCCAAUCCUGCAGCCCUGCAGUUCCCUCACAUUUUUUAAAUGUUUUGUCUGAAAGGUGAUCAGGAACAUUCCAGCUGCUAUUGUGAUGCAGAUGCAGAAGGGGGGAGGUAAUGUGGGGGUGUUGACCGAGGACUCUGAUAAGAGUCUGUUUUCAGUUUGUGAGCCUAGUCUGCCUCCAUUUCCAUCAUGGCUGCAGGUCAAACGCAAGUCUCCAAGAGAUCACAGCCGUUUUACAUCUACGGGGGUCUGCCGUGUAACUCUCUGAUGGCCGAUUCGUGGUCAGACAGAACCCCCCUCCACGAAUCAGCCUGUCAGGGCAGACUCCUGCACAUCAAGACUCUCAUCACUCAGGGCCUCCAUGUGGACACACUCACCAUAGACAGAGUCUCUCCUCUGCAUGAAGCCUGCCUCGGCGGUCAUUAUGCUUGUGCCAAGUUGCUGCUGGACAAUGGUGCAAAUGCACAGGCAGUUUCAGCAGAUGGCGCCACACCUCUCUUUAACUCCUGCAGAAGUGGAAGUGCUGCAUGUGUCAGACUCCUCUCACAGCACGGAGCAUCCUCCCUCACCACCAGCCAGCUGGCUUCACCCAUCCAUGAGGCUGCAUCUAAAGAUCACAGAGAGUGUCUGGAGCUGCUGCUGUCCCAUGGGGCUUCGAUUGAUGUGGAGCUGCCAGAGGUGGGGUCACCGCUGUACUGCGCCUGUAAGGCGGGGUCGACAGCGAGUGUGGAGCUGCUGCUACGAUCAGGUGCUGAUGUUUCUGUUGGAUGCGGACGGGACAGUCCUUUACACGCUGCGGUUCAAGCUGGGGAAUCAGACGUGGUUGAGGUUCUGCUGGACUUCGGAGCUGACAGGUUUUCCAGAAACACAGAUGGGAAAUCUCCUUUAGAUCUUUCAGCACCAGACAGUUCAGUUAGACUUGUGCUGCAGAAGAGAGGUCUCGGCUCUCUGUCUCGGCUGUGUCGCUCCUCCAUCCGUCGAAGUCUUGGUCGGAGCCGCCUACACCGCGCCUCCAUCCUCUUCCUCCCUCACACCAUCAAGGACUUUCUGCUCUACCAUUAAGAUGUGUGAGGCCUGCUGUGUGUCUCAUGCGCUGAUUCACCCGUCUCAUUUGUUUUUUGUUACCGACCUAAAAAGAACACAUGCACAAAAACACAUUUUCAUUCAGAGAAUGGAGCUUUUUUAUUAAUUUUGUUUUAAAAAAGACGUUUAAGACAGAAAUAGCUAACCAAAUUAGCUUUUUGUGUGUGUUUUGUGCUUUAAUUAAAGCCGUCCAUUCAGUAGCUGAGAAUCUGACAUCCCUUUUUGCAUGCUUUCAAAAGAUGAGCACAGCCAGAUCAGUGUUUUUAUUGUUGUUCUUGUUUCUAUAAGUGUGCUAAACCUUUGGAGCUUCACAGGGAGCCGCCUGAAUGUCACCUGAACUGAGGUCUCUUGGGGUUGAAGACAACAGAAAAAGGACAAAAAUGAUUUUGUUGCGGGAGUUAAAUGAAGGGAGACUUUUUGAUCCUUGUUUGUUUCUGCAGUUUCUGUUUUAAAGUUGAAUUCAUGUUGAAGCGAUGAGAAAUGAUGAAUCAUGACCCAAGUUAUCAUGAAAAAUUGCAAUGAGGUAAUGCGUUUGAGAGUAAAGACAUUUUACCAAAGCUUUAUGAUUAUUUUGACCUUGAGAAAUUAUGUAAACUUUUAAAACCUAUUAUCACACGAGUCAUAUUUAUUAACAAACCCCUUCAAGGUCUCUCUGAAAAACACAUUUUGCUCACCUGUGAGAAGCUUCAGAUGAUAAAGCUCUUUCCCUCCUGAGCAAAGAAAUUCAGUAAUAAGAGGAACAGGUGGAAUAAAAACUACUUAAAAUGAUUAAAAACAGACAUUUUCUGUCAGACAUAAAUGCAAGAGAAGAAUAAGGAGCCUUUCAGUGUGAAAACGCUGACCCAGAAGUCACCUUUGGCUCUGAAGUGUGAAUAAUGGAUUGAAAGUGGAGUUAACUCAGGGUCUCGGAGCUUGACCACAAAAGACUUAAAACAAAUAAUGAAAAACCUAAAAAUAAAAUCCACUCCUCCA